AUGGGCUGGGCCCAUCGACACCGGGAAAACACCUUUUUAAAUUUUAUUAGUAUAGCUUUUUUUCCCCUCCGUCAUUCUAGGCCAUCCCACGAACUGUGCUCAAAAGAGGAAAGCAGUGUAACAAUUCCAAAGCUGGUCAUUCUGGCGGUGAGAAGUGAAACUAUAGACCUCUCCAUCAAAAGUGAUUCUAUGAGGACUAGAGAAUGGGAAAGGAGCGUUCCAGAGGACAAACUACAACUCCCAAGGCGCCUUGCGCGGACUCGGCACGCCCUGGGCGAAGGGGGGGCGUGGCCCGCGCGGAGGCUGCAGCGGCAGUCCCAGGAGUCCUCCUGUGAAGCGCCCCUGUCGGCGCCGCCGUGGGCCCCUCGGAGAGGGCGGCCAGUCCGCGAGCCGCUGAGGAGCCACUCCCCGAGCGCCGCAGCCCUAAGGACUCUCGGUCCCAUCCUCGCGCUCCUGCUCCGGCUCCUCCAUCUUGGCCUCGGCAGUGGCGGCUGCCGGGAGGAUGUGCCGCCUUCUGGCAGGGGGAAGAAGGAGGAGAAGAUGAAGAAGUACCGGCGGGCCUUGGCCCUGGUCUCCUGCCUGUCUCUGUGCUCCCUGAUCUGGCUUCCCAGUUGGCGUGUAUGUUGUAAAGAGAGUUCUUCAGCUUCAUCAUAUUACUCUCAAGAUGACAAUUGUGCACUAGAAAAUGAAGAUGUACAAUUCCAGAAAAAGAAUGCAGAGUCAAAAAAGUUAAGUCCAUCUGUGAUUGAGACACUCCCUCCAGUUGAUCUACAUGAAGAUUCUUCCAGUGUAACUGUGGGCAGUGAAAACAUUGAAAAUAUUUCCAGCUCAUCUACCUCAGAGAUCACUCCAAUCUCAAAGCUUGAUGAAAUAGAAAAGUCUGGUACUAUUCCUAUAACCAAGCCAAGUGAAACUGAGCAGUCUGAAACUGAUUGCGAUGUUGGUGAGGUUCUUGAUGCAAAUACUCCGGUUGACCAGCCUUCCUUUGUUAGUCCACCUGAAAGCCUUGUUGGCCAGCAUAUAGAAAAUGUGUCAUCUUCACAUGGCAAAGGAAAAAUAACAAAAUCAGAAUUUGAAUCAAAGGUUUCAGCAAGUGAUCAGGGUAGUGGUGAUCCAAAAUCUGCAUUGAAUGCUUCAGAUAAUUUAAAAAAUGAGAGUUCUGAUUAUACAAAACCAGGGGAAAUUGACCAUACAUCUGUAACAAGUCCCAAAGACCCAGAAGAUAUACCAACAUUUGAUGAAUGGAAGAAGAAAGUUAUGGAAGUAGAAAAAGAAAAAAGUCAGUCAAUGCAUCCAUCUUCUAAUGGAGGUCUACAUGCGACAAAAAAAGUCCAGAAAAAUCGAAAUAAUUAUGCCUCAGUAGAAUGUGGUGCCAAAAUUUUGGCAGCUAAUCCAGAAGCCAAGAGCACAUCUGCUAUUCUUAUAGAAAAUAUGGAUCUUUAUAUGUUGAAUCCUUGCAGCACUAAAAUUUGGUUUGUUAUUGAACUUUGUGAACCAAUUCAAGUAAAACAGCUUGAUAUUGCAAAUUAUGAAUUGUUUUCUUCUACUCCGAAAGACUUUCUGGUUUCUAUCAGUGACAGAUAUCCCACAAAUAAGUGGAUUAAGCUGGGUACUUUCCAUGGAAGAGAUGAGAGGAAUGUCCAGAGUUUCCCUUUGGAUGAACAGAUGUAUGCAAAAUACGUGAAGGUGGAGUUGGUAUCACAUUUUGGAUCAGAGCACUUUUGUCCAUUAAGCCUUAUAAGGGUAUUUGGCACCAGCAUGGUGGAAGAAUAUGAAGAGAUCGCUGAUUCCCAGUAUCAGUCAGAACGUCAAGAACUGUUUGAUGAAGACUAUGAUUAUCCACUGGAUUAUAAUACUGGGGAGGAUAAAUCCACAAAAAAUCUUUUUGGUUCUGCUACAAAUGCCAUUCUAAAUAUGGUGAAUAUUGCUGCUAAUAUUCUGGGAGCAAAAACUGAAGACCUGACAGAAGGAAAUAAAAGUAUAUCUGAGAAUGCCACUGCCACAGCUGCACCUAAAAUGCCCGACUUAGCUCCUGUUUCAACUCCUGUUCCAUCACCUGAGUUUGUAACCACUGAAGGACACAUACACGAUACAGAGCUAUCAUCACCAGAGACUCCAAAAGAGAGUCCCAUUGUACAGCUAGUUCAAGAGGAAGAAGAAGAGGCAAGUCCAUCUACAGUGACCCUUCUGGGUAGUGGUGAACAGGAGGAUGAAUCAUCACCCUGGUUUGAGUCAGAGACACAAAUAUUUUGCAGUGAACUAUCUACAAUUUGUUGUAUUUCUAGUUUUUCUGAAUAUAUAUAUAAAUGGUGUUCAGUUAGAGUUGCUCUUUAUCGGCAACGUAGCAGAACUGCUGUAAAGAAAGAAAAAGAUCAUCUUGUGUCAGCUCAACCAUUACCGCUACCUGCAGAAUCAGUGGAUGUUUUAGUCUUGCCACCUCCAAGUGGAGAAAUGGACAGCAAGAAUAAUGAAAAGGAAGCUGAAACUAUUGUUCCAGGUGACUUAAGUAGUAUGCACAAAGGUGAUUUGAUUAAUCACAGUGCAGAUGCAAUUGAACUUGAACCAAGCCAUCCUCAAACUCUUUCUCAAUCUCUUCUCUUAGAUGUUACUCCAGAAAUCAAUUCAUUAUCUAAAAUAGAAGUAUCUGAGCCUAUUAAAUUUGAGACAGGACCUACACCAUCUCAAGUGAUCCCCCUGGAGAGUUCUGUUGAGCUUGUUAAUAAAACAGAAAAAAAGUCUGAGAGUUUUAGUUCUAUAGAGAAGCCAACUGUGAUCUAUGAAACAAAUAAACUUAAUGAAGUAAUGGAUAAUAUUGUAAAAGAAGAUAUAAACUCCAUGCACAUUAUCACAAAGCUAUCUGAAACAAUAGUGCCACCUGUAAACACUGCUACUAUGCCAGACGGUGAAGAUGGGGAAGCCAAAAUGAACAUAGCUGACACACCAAAGCAAAUUUUGACUCCCGUUACGGAUUCUUCUUCAUUACCUGAAGUGAAAGAGGAAGAACAAUCUCCGGAAGAUGCCCUUUUAAGAGGGUUACAGAGGACAGCUACAGACUUUUAUGCUGAACUGCAAAAUUCCACAGAUCUAGGAUACACUAAUGGAAAUCUUGUACAUGGAUCAAACCAAAAGGAGUCAGUAUUUAUGAGACUUAAUAAUCGUAUAAAAGCCUUAGAAGUUAACAUGUCUCUCAGUGGUCGCUAUCUGGAGGAGCUUAGCCAAAGGUACCGAAAACAAAUGGAAGAAAUGCAGAAGGCUUUCAAUAAAACAAUAGUAAAACUUCAGAAUACUUCGAGAAUAGCAGAGGAGCAGGAUCAGCGGCAAACUGAAGCCAUCCAGUUACUACAGACACAAUUGACCAACAUGACACAGCUUGUUUCAAACCUAUCGACAACAGUAGCAGAAUUACAACGUGAGGUUUCAGAUCGACAGAGCUAUCUUGUCAUAUCUUUGGUUCUCUGUGUUGUCUUGGGACUGAUGCUUUGUAUGCAGCGCUGUCGAAACCCCUCUCAAUUUGAUGGAGAUUAUAUUUCAAAACUUCCUAAAAGUAAUCAAUAUCCAAGCCCUAAAAGAUGUUUCUCUUCCUAUGAUGAUAUGAAUUUGAAAAGGAGAACCUCAUUCCCACUCAUCAGAUCCAAGUCUCUACAGUUAACUGGCAAAGAAGUAGACCCAAAUGAUUUGUACAUCGUAGAACCCCUCAAGUUCUCUCCAGAAAAAAAGAAAAAACGCUGCAAGUACAAAACUGAAAAAAUUGAAACCAUAAAGCCGGCAGACCCACUGCACCCGGUAGCCAAUGGAGACCUAAGAGGAAGGAAGCCCUUUAUGAACCAGAGAGACUUUUCUAAUAUGGGCGAAGUGUAUCACUCUUCUUAUAAGGGCCCCCCAUCUGAAGGAAGCUCAGAAACAUCAUCACAGUCUGAAGAGUCUUAUUUUUGUGGCAUUUCAGCUUGCACAAGUCUGUGCAAUGGACAGUCCCAAAAGACAAAAACUGAGAAGAGGGCUUUAAAACGAAGGCGAUCUAAAGUCCAAGACCAAGGAAAACUGAUAAAAACUCUAAUACAGACUAAGUCAGGAUCAUUGCCGAGCCUGCAUGACAUAAUCAAAGGAAACAAAGAGAUCACCGUGGGAACAUUUGGUGUCACAGCAGUCUCGGGACAUAUCUAA